AUGAGAGUCUGCAAUAAGAACCUUCGCCUUCAAGACAUCACCAUCAUGUACUUUACUGCCCUGGCUGCUCUCAUGGUCAUCUUGGUGGCUUCAUAUCAGGGGCCCACCGACGCUAUUGAAGUGUCCAGACUUAAAUUAAACCCCUCCAGCCCUCUGCCACCUCUCCCCAUGCCCUUCCAUGUGCCCCUUGACCCACACGGUUAUCUCCAGCUGGCCUGGAACAUCAGCUACGCCAACCAGGAGGUUUACAUGGAGCUGAGGGUCGCAGAUAUAAAACACGGCGUGGUCCUGGGGAUGUCUGACCGCGGGGAGCUGACCAAUGCUGACUUGGUGGUCCUGUGGGACUCUGGAGCUAAUAGCUACUUUGGGGAUGCGUGGAGUGACAGCGAGGGUCACGUUUCAUUGGACAGCCAGCAAGACUACGAGUUGAUGGAAGCCAAACACAAAGCUGACGGAUUCUACCUGCUCUUCAAAAGACCGUUCAGUACCUGUGAUCCCAGAGACUACCUCAUCGAGGAGGGAACCGUGCACAUCAUCUAUGGAUUUUUGGAUGAACCACUUGUCUCUCUGGAGCAGCUGAACCUGUCCCGGAUCCACACGGGGCUACAGAGAGUGCUGAUGCUGCGCCCCGACACGCCGUCUCCCACCCUGCCUCCAGAUGUGCGGACGCUGGAUGUCGUGUCGCCAAAUGUCAUCAUCCCAAGUCAGGAGACCACCUACUGGUGCUUCAUACAGAAGCUGCCUGAAAACAUUCCCAAGAACCACAUUGUUAUGUAUGAGUCAGUGAUAACUCCAGGUAACGAGGCCAUCGUGCAUCACAUGGAAGUGUUCGAAUGUUCUCCGGAUGUACGCGACGUUCCAGAGUACAGCGGCUCCUGUGAUGACAAGAUGAAGCCGGGCAAGCUCAACUUCUGCCGCCAUGUGCUCGCUGCAUGGGCGAUGGGUGCUGAGGCUUUUUACUAUCCUCCUGAUGCAGGGAUGCCUAUGGGUGGAUCGAGUUCCUCAAGGUUCCUUCGUCUGGAGGUCCAUUACCACAACCCUCUCCUUAUAUCCGGCCGCCGUGACUCCUCAGGGAUACGGCUGCAUUACACCCCGAGUCUGAGGCGGUACGAUGCAGGGAUCAUGGAGCUGGGUCUCGUUUACACUCCCAUCAUGGCUAUCCCACCCAAACAACACACCUUCUACCUCAAUGGAUAUUGCACCUCCAAGUGUACCCAGACUGCUUUGCCUUCAGGAGGAAUGUAUAUAUUUGCGUCCCAGCUGCACACCCACCUGGCGGGGCGUGGGGUGAGGACAGUUUUGGUAAGGGGAGGCAAAGAGAUGAAGGUGGUACAGGAGGACAAGCACUUCAGUACACACUACCAGACCAUUCGAGUUCUAAGGAAAAUGCUGAACGUUUUACCCGGUGACGUCCUCAUAACAAAGUGUACUUUUAACACAGAAGAUAGGAGCAAGCCUACACUGGGAGGUUUUGGCAUCAUGGAUGAAAUGUGUGUUAACUACAUUCACUACUACCCUCGAACUCAGCUGGAGCUGUGCAAGAGCCACGUUGACCCAGGAUACCUGCAGAAAUACUUUAACUUCAUUAACAGGUUCCACGGAAAUGACCAGUGUGUGUGCGGUGAGGUCAGUGUGACGGAGCAGUAUUCUCAACUACAGUGGGACGCGUUCAGUGGAGAAGUGCUCGACUCCCUUUAUAAUACAGCCCCCAUCUCCAUGCACUGCAACCAAUCGAGUGCACGCCUCUUUCCUGGAGAGUGGGACAAACAGCCUGUACCGGUGGUUACCUCCAUCCUUGAAAAGCCUCGCUACCCCUGUGAGGGAGGAGCACACCCCACCAGCAAACCCCUUACACCCCCAGUCUGAGCGAGGAGGGGCAUCACGGCAUGCUUCAGCCCAACGAGGGCGCACCUAACCCGGGGAGAGUUAAAGAAGCUCCUGUGACUUUGCAGAAUCUAUGAUUUUAUCUCUGUGUUUCGGAAUAGAUGACCCCUUCUACUGGGUUUUCUGACACCCGCUGUAUUACAUGCUUAAAUCCACCGUCUGUGUCAUUAUUAGUACACACACAAAUGAUUGAUAAUCCUGUUCAUAUGUCAUGUUUCAAAGCACUGGACAUGAUAAUUGGCAUGUAACAAAAAGAAGUUUGACUAACGAAUUGGUGCCGAGGACGAAAGUUGUGAACUGCUGUUGCGGAAUUUAAAAGUAAAAAGAAAUAUGAUUUUACUAAUCCAAAUGACUAUAAUUUUCAUGAAUGAGUUAUAUUUUUCACUCUUUUGCUACA